AUGGCGGUCAAAUCAUCAAAGGCGGCAUCGGCCAAGUCCGUCGUUCCGCCAUCGCCAUCAUCACCGUCAUCGCCCAAAAAGACGGUCGUCUUCUUUCACCCGGACCUCGGCAUCGGCGGUGCGGAGCGGCUUGUCGUGGACGCCGCCGUCGGCCUCCAGAACCGCGGCCACCGGGUGGUCAUUUUUACGAGCCACUGCGACCCGGCACACUGCUUUGACGAGGUGCGCCCGGGCACGGGAGUGUUGGACGUGCGCGUGCGUGGCGGCAACGUGGUGCCGGCGUCGAUCCUCGGCCGCUUUGCCAUCCUCUGCGCGAUUGCCCGCCAGGUGCAUCUGUUGCUGCAGAUAUGGCUGACGGGAGAGCUGGCGGCGCUGGGCGCCACGGCGUACUUUGUCGACCAGCUGUCGGCCGGACUGCCCUUGCUGCGGAGUCUUGGCAGCGCCUAUGGUGGCGCUGCACAACAGACACCAACCACGCCCAUCUUCUUCUACUGCCAUUUCCCAGACCUGCUCCUGGCCAAGGGCCGGCAGAAGUGGUGGAAGCGGCUGUACCGGGUGCCGUUUGACGCCCUGGAGCAGUGGAGCAUGGGCUUCUCCGACGCAGUGGCCGUCAACUCACGGUUUACCAAGUCGGUGGUGACGGCGACGUGGCCGCGGCUGGCGGCCAAGGUCAAGGUGGGCAUCGACCCUUUGGUGGCUGAGGACGACAACGGCCUGCGCGUCGUCUACCCGUGCAUCGACAUCAAGCAGGAGGACGCACUAGAGCAGGAGCGGGCCAGCAACAACAGCAAUGACAAGAAGACGAAGCAGAACAGGGACGCGCCCGUCGACCUGUGGCAGGGUCUGCCGUUUGUCCUGAGCAUCAACCGUUUUGAGCGCAAAAAGGACAUUGGCCUGGCCAUCCGUGCGUUUGCCGGUUUGCCCACCGGCACCUCCCCCCAGCGCCUCGUCGUCGCCGGCGGCUACGACAACCGCGUUGCCGAAAACGUCGGCUACCACCGCGAACUCGACGCUCUGGCCACCGAGCUCGGCCUGCGCACCGCCACCGCACGCACCAUGGUCACCGCUCUCAGCAUCCCCGCCGACGUCCAGGUCUUGUUCCUGCUGUCCGUCCCGUCCGCCCUCAAGUCGCUGCUUCUGCACAGCCCCUCGUGCCGCCUGCUUGUCUACACGCCCGCCAACGAGCACUUUGGCAUCGUGCCCCUCGAGGCGAUGCUCGCCGGCCUGCCCGUGCUCGCCUGCAACUCCGGCGGGCCCACCGAGACCGUCGUCGAGGGCACCACCGGCUGGCUGCGCUCGGCCGACGACGUGGCCGCCUGGACAGACGUCAUGGCCAAGGUCCUGCCGGGCACCGGCAUCCCCGGCGCAUUGACCGACGCCCAGCGCAAGAAAAUGGCCGACGCCGGCCGCACACGCGUGCGCAGCCAGUUUGCCGACACGCAGAUGGCCGCGCGGCUGGACGGCAUCCUCGACGAGAUUGUGGUUCGUGUGGCGGACGGCACGACCACCGCAACGCCGUCUGCAUCCAUCAGCACCCUCCUCUUUUCUGCUGUGGCGCUCAUUGGUGUUCUGCUGGCGCUGGCUGUGGCCGUGCUGAAGAAGAUAUUCUAA